CAAGAUUUGACUAUUCAACUGGGAUAUGUUGUUUAUUUUUGAGUAGAAAAAUUUGGGAAAAAUUUCGAAACAUGUUCAUGGCAAAAGCCAGGAGUUUGUCAUUGUUUUGUCGUUGUGAAUUCGAAAAGUGUCGAAUUGAUUGUGGUUUUACAACUCAUCAUCAUUUACUAUGCGAUUUAAUAAACAAGAACUGAUCACAUUGGCCACACAACCAUCCACCAAAUUUGAAAAGGAGGGCAUUUUGUACAUACGUGAGAGACAAGACGGAUUUUUUCGAAAAGCUGAAAGUAAAAGGAAAUAUCAAAAACGUGAAAAGAGACUUCGCAAUCUGAGCUGUGUAGGGGGAGUAAGCAAAGUCAGUUUGGAAAGAUGGUGUAGAUUACGAGGCAACUUGCUAUUUUAUUUCAAAAGCAAAGACCCAUUAUCGGAACCACUCGGUGUGGUGGUUUUGGAACAAUGUCAAGUACGAAUCGACCCUCCUAUGGCCUCACCACCCAUGACAACCGAUGGCCAAUAUCCAUUUUAUUUAGUCUUUGAUGGGGGUUUAUGUCAAGCUUUGGCUUCUAUCUCGGAUACAGAACGCUCAAGCUGGAUGGAUGCCAUAAAAUCGUCGAGUUAUGAGGGCAUAAGAGCCGAGUUAAAUGCCCUAAGACAGUGUUUGGAACGAAGACGGAACCAUAAGCCAAGUGUUGAUCUGCAGACGUGGAGGAUGCAAAAAGCACACGUCAUAGAUAUCUCCGAGGUUCCUGUUUGCGAGAUUUCGCUCGCUUGUGACAAUUUAUUAUGUGAUGGGCACGGUUGCCCCCCUAACCCCACCCUAAUCGUCGACGUUUUCAUGCAUUCAGCAAAAUUGUGGGUUCAAUACGGACGCACUGAAAUCAUCGAGAGGAGUAGUAAUCCGGGUUUUUUAACAACAGUCAGUUUUCGAGCAAGCGAUGGUUUGACUAGUGAUUCUCGUAUUCGAUUUACAGUUUUUGAUGUUAGAGAAAGAGUAUCACAUACUGCUAUUCCACUCGGAUCGGCUUGUGUUUUUCUAAGUGCGAUACAAGAUUCGUCACGGUUGCGAAUUCCUUUAAUUUCGAGAACUCAAACCACUGUUGGUUUUCUUUCAAUUAGUGCUUGGUCAUUAGAGGCCGAAGAUAAAGGUAGUAGUACUGAGCAUACGCCCUGUAGAGCACCGUUGCACAACAAUACACAAGUUUGGUCUCACCGCCGGUCCCAAUCGCUUCCCCCUAAACUAGGUGUGAAAAUGCGUCUCCCAAAUCAAUCUGAAUUAAAACUGCUUUAUUCGUCACCCUAUAUACAAACCUAUAGGUUUCACUCGGGCCUUGGGGGUGACAUUUGUGUACACGAAUACAUGGCUGAGAGUAGGAUAUGUUUUUCAUUUCCUCAUCAAUUACUAGGUGUGUGGAUCCAGCAAGAGAAAGAACUUCUCCAGGAAGUGGCAGCCAUGGGUGAGCUAAGAGAGCCUUGGCAUUCCCGUCAAGUCGAAUUACUCGACAGACAUUUGCAUUUAUUGCGUUUAUAUUCUCAAGCUCGUGAAAAUUUACAAGCUCAUAAAGGGAGUUUUUUUAAACCGAGUUCGAGAAAAUCUGAUCGUAGUUUGGAAUUUGCACCGGUCAAUUUACAUUUACAACGAAUGUGGGUACAUAAUGAUACUCUUAAUAAAGCCGGAUUUUAUGAUUGGAUUACUGUUGGUGCUUUUACGGCUCAUUCACAUAAAUCGAAAAACGGAGGAUUAAUAAAGUUGGUUCAACAGUUGAAAGAAUCACCGACAAGGUCAACUUCGAAUUAUCAGAUAAUGGCCAAAAUAUCGAUUUCCAAUGAUGCAAUACAGGCAAUCAAACAACUCCGUAAAGAGGUCGUCGACGGUAUGAAAGUCUUAAUGAAACUCGCCAAAGAGAAACAAACCAGUGGUAUGUUACCAAUAUGCGAAGACAUGAUAAGCAAAACACGAAUCCUUUUGAGUCUCUGGGACACCGGACUUGUCGAGGAGGCUCUCAAUUUCAUCGAAGAAAACAAAUUGGUUGUAACUGACGACUCAGGCGUUGGUGAAGAUUUCAGUUUAGACAGUAAUGGAAAACCAGUCUUGAUGCUAUCACCAUUCAAACGAAUAACACAACAAUUAUCAUCACUUAAUUUAAAAAGUCCCGAUUUUGACGAUUUCGCUACACCUUCAACACCAGAAGACAUCAACGAAAUGUGGAAAGUGGAACGCGAAAAUAAUUUAUUGAACACAAGCGAAGGUGUUAAAAGUUUAUGUUCAUUUGUGCAUAGUCCAAGUGAGGGUGAUUUUGUCAUUUUCCCUGACUGUGAAGAUAGCAAAAAUGAUGAUGAAGAAAUGAAUGAAUCGAAAUUUGACACUAGUCGAGUUUUUUUAGACACUAAUGUUAUGUGUAGUUCCCCCUCAGCGAAUUACUACAAGCCGACGGAUGAACCGGAGCCCUGGGACAUCACCCAACUCAAUAUCGAAGCGAGUGUCAUGUGUUUAGUCAGUAAAGUUAAGUUUUUGUGUGGUAGAUGUGGUAGUCCUGCUGUGCGACUAAGACAAAAUUGGAAAGCUCUACCCAAGACUGUGAUUACGAAUCAACCGAUUUCCAAUGUUAAAAAAAUCGAUGAUUGUAAUAAGGAGGCUGAGAAUGUGUCAAAAGCGGUGAAUUGUGUGACUAGAGUUGUGAAAAAUGGAAAUAAGUUUACAGAUGGUUUGGAUUUGAAUAAGAUUGUUGAUUGGGCGGCCGAGUUGAGGCCUAGUAUGAGGAAGUUGAGGCAUGCCAUGGAUGGGCUUUUGAAAACGGCCCGUUUGACACAUUCGGUGUUUCGGGUGCAGGAGGACCCCAAAGCGGCCCAAAGGGUCUGCAAUGUGAGGUACAGGAGGGACGUGUGCUUUUCGCAAUCAUUGACAGCCCUCGUGACGGGGUUAAUGACCCGCCUGUGGUGCCACAAGCCCGACCCUGCAUUCGUAACAAUUCUAAGCACUUUGGGCCCCUUGGCUUGCUUCGAGAGUUUGCUAAGUUACCACGGUAAUGAAGUGGACAUGUGGGGCGACAUGUCGAUAGCAAUCGAAGAUCUUCGAACUGUUAUGUUCACAUUAGUGCGAUGUCCCAGUCCUUCAGUGGAGCCCCAACCCACACCUAAAGUAACCGGAAGUAGAAACUCACUCACAGUAUCACUUCCGGUUCCUGACGCUUUAUAUACCUUGAUUCCCAGUCGACAAAUUUUAUCAUUUCAUGUCACUCCAGUGUUUUUCAAUAUCGGAAUUAACGAAAUGGCAACAUUGGCUGAAAGUUUAGGGGCGACUAGACCACAAGAGGCGUCAAAUAUUGAUAAUUUUGAUCGGAUUAAUGAGUAUUAUAUUAGGUAUCGGAAAUUGAAUAUUCCUGAAAGUGAUAUGACAAAUGGGCGACUUUCGUGUUCCCCACAAAUGAAAAGUUUGACAGAGUUGAUGGACGAUUUGAAGUUGUUGGUGCACAGUGGGAGGUCGAAAAAUGUGGACAUUCUACAUGUUGCUUCGCAAAUUUGUCGACAAAUGAAAGGACUGCGUUUUACGAGUUGUAAGAGUGCCAAAGACCGAACGGGUAUGUCUGUGACUCUGGAAGAGUGUCGAAUUUUGGCCGAUGAGUACCAUUUGGCCGAACACGAGUUCCAUAAAGCGUUGGAUUGUAUGCGAAGUGAGGGAUGCAGAAGAGAAAACACAUUGAAAAACACAAAUGUGAAAAAAUAUGCAUUCAAUUCUUUGCAGUUGUUAGCAUUGCCAAAAUUGUAUAGACCUCCAGCUGGGACGUACGGUUCAGCACAGACAUAACUUUAUGUGUUAUUACUAUUAUUUACAGUGCCAAUAUUGUUACAAAUUGUUAAAUUAUUAUCGAUGAUUUACUUAAGUUAUUUGAAUUUAAUAUAAAUAUUUUUACUUUGCUUGUCAAGGUUUUAGAAAAAAUAGA